UCCUCCCAUCUGGUCCCGCUCCAAAGGACGGAGCUGAGCAGCUCGGCAGCCGCCAUGGACCGCGUGCAGCUCCUGCUCCUGGGCCUCCCCAUCCUCCUAUUCUGCUCCGACGUCGUCACGCUCUUCGCGCCGCAGCCGCCGGCGACGCCCAAGCCCGACCGCCACCAACACCAGCCGGCCACCGGCGCCGUCCAGCCUGGAGACUCCUCCCCCAACGCCGACGCCGACGCUGAUUCCGCGCAGGUGGCUGAGCCGCAGGUGGAUGGGCCUGGCUUCGGCACCACCGUCGAGUUGAAGUUCUGCGCCUCCUGCUCCUACAGGGGGAAUGCGAUGACCAUGAAGAGCAUGCUGGAUACCUCAUUUCCUGGCAUUCAUGUCGUCUUGGAAAACUACCCUCCGCCCUUCCCAAAACGUGCACUCGGAAAAAUAGUGCCUGUUAUCCAAGUUGGAGCAAUAGGAACAUUAAUGGCCGGUGAUCAGAUUUUCCCUAGAUUUGGAAUGGUGCCACCUCCAUGGUACUACUCGCUGCGUGCUAAUAGAUUUGGAACCAUGGCAUCCAUCUGGUUGUUUGGCAAUUUUGCACAGUCUCUUCUACAAAGUUCUGGCGCUUUUGAAGUUUACUGCAAUGGGCAACUGGUCUUCUCAAAAUUAUCUGAGCAGAGGUUUCCUAGCGAGUUUGAGUUGCGGGAGCUCAUUGGCAGCAGAUUAUCAGAUUCUCAAUUUGGGAAAAAUCUGGAGAAGGUCUGGUCCUAGACGAUCAUUUCAAGAGACCCCACACCCGUUUGUAUGUUAUCACAUAGACUGAACCAAUGGGAAGUUCCACGUUUUACUGGGAAUCACACAACUUUGGCUUAGAUUCUUUGGAUAGAUGUUUUCCUGCUUGUAAAUGAUAAGUUAUAGCCGCAUUGAGACUGUUUUACGGGUGAUGUGACUCUGUAACAAAGCUGAAACGUUGCAAGUUUGUCAGGACUAUCUUCAAAAGACCACCGCAUUUUUUUACCUUUUCUUAAACAACGGCUUCCAGUCGCCGAAUCGAGCGCACAAUAUGCAUGAAGAUCCAUUUACCAUGUUCCUAGAUACUAAUAGUAGAUCUGCCUUUUGGCAUUUCUUCUAUGAUACUGAUACACCUUUCAGGGUGUAUUCUAGAAAAACAUCACAUCUA